AUGACGUCCGCAUCGAAAUCAUUAUUCUCAUCCCUCGACGGGAGAGCUUAUUUCCGUGAGAUAUCAAUCAAUUUACCCGAUCAUUGGUCUGACAGUUGCGUGAACGGCCCUAUAGUAGCAUCGAAAGGUGAAGAAUUCGAUUUCGUCGUAGGAAGAAGUCAUCCGGUUUACGGCGACGUUAUUUGGACUCAACAAAGUCGAUCAUGUGGCGAAUCCGGGGAUUUCAUUUAUCUCAGCGAUAAAUUGUUACGAGAAAUGACGGACGACGUGGGACAAGAUUUGGUUCGCGAAUGGGGAAAAUACAGAUUUGGAAUUUACGACGAAAUAGGAUACGAUAACGAUCCCGUGUAUCCUCAGUGCUUUCACGGAAUCAACGAAAAACCUCAAGUCACGGGUUGUUCUGACAAACCCAUUAACAACGUUUGUUCGACGGGUGACCUAAUCGGAAGUUACAACACUUCGAGACUCGUACAUCCGGAUGCGACGAAAAGUAUUUUAUUUGCUGCCACGUCGAAAGUGAAUAAAUUUUGCGAUGAGAAAACCCACGACGCAUUCGCACCCACAAAGCAAAAUUUAAUAUGCCACAGAAAAAGUGCCAUGGAAGUCAUUUUGAGUCAUUCGGAUUUUCGAAACAGGCAUUUUGAAAUAUUCGACGGUACAUACACGAACACGUCGCCGACUUUUAAAUACACAAGAAAACAAUUGACGAGAUACGUUCUCGUCGUCGAAAACACCAAAGACAUGCUCGUGAGAGAAUCGUGGUCCUUUCUAAGAGCUGCCAUACGGAAGUGGACGGUUCACGAUCUUCCGGUUAACACGGAAGUCGGUUUUGUCUUAACGAACGAAACGUCAGCCGUUAAAGUUCACGACCUUCAUUUGUUGAACGGUGCAAAUGCGAGAGAUUCCGUUGCGUCGGACGUUCCCUUCACUCCAGGUGAUUCCAGAAUGCCGGCGUGCAUACAUUGCGCUUUACAAGAAGCCAUAGAGAUGUUGGAUUCUGCGAAAAGAACAAACGGUCCGGCAUCAUCCGUCAUACUCAUUAUAUCACCAGGUGUUGAAAAAUUGAGCUCCCUCGAAGACAUGGUGGAAAGAGCAAGAAAAUCACAGAUAAAAAUAGCAACGAUAAAUUAUCCAGGAGUAUUGAGAACUAAUUCUUUGGACCUACUAUCAUCCGCCACGGGCGGUUUAUCGUUCACUGUGAAUGAAAGGAAGCAUAAUUUAGUUAACUCGUUACUCACGACUUAUUUCGAUUUGACGAACGCCCUUUUUUCGAUAACGACAAAAUAUUUUCAAGGAAAUCCGGACAGUUUACCGAUCGAGGUAGGUCCCCUCCCCCUUUCCUCCGCCCGGUUGUCUCCAUUGAGAGAAUUAACAGACGAUGGUCGAUCGACGAUAACGGGUAGUUUUUUCCUGGAAGAAUCACUCGGAGAACCUGCCGAAUUCGUCGUAUACACACAUUCCAUUGAUAAUCCUUUGCUCGGAGCCAUACAAUUAGUGAGUCCAUCGCAAAAAGUUUACACCGGAAGAACGGAUUCGUUUUUACAAUUUAAACUCAUGAAAGUUGUCACCAACAUCAACGAGACGGGUCCCUGGACGUACACGAUAGAAAGAUUUAGAAAUCCACAACCGCAUUUCGUACAAGUGAUGGCAUCUCCGAAAUCACCCAUAGCUCCAGUCUUCCGGAGUAAAAAUAUACUUUUGAAAACGUCCGUCAUGAAACCCGUGAUCUUAUACGUCGAAGUCAAAAGCGGUAUGUGGCCAGUGAGAGGAGCAAGAGUCGAAGUGACGGUUACAAAAAGGGCUGGCAACGAUACGAAUAAAUAUAAGGAAAAAUUUGAACUUUUGGAUACCGGAAAUCCUGACUUGAUGAAAGGAGAUGGUAUAUAUUCGAAAUACUGGAGUCCGGUUAACGGAGGCAAAGGAAGUUACACGAUCGAAAUUGCCGUGACAGAUAAUGGCAACACCGCAUAUUCGUGGAACGAAGGAUUUUUCAUACCGCAAAAUGACGUCACUUGUUGCGGUAGUCAAAUGACGUCACCUUCGGUUAGACCGCUGUCGCCGUUUCAAAGAUAUCUUCCUCCUUUAACAAUAACGGUUACCGAAGAGGAUAUAAAUAACAUUCAAGCGACAUCUGUCGGAAGAGUCGCCGACAUGCAUAUACCAUCGGAAUUGAAAGCUCGACUGUUGUGGACCGCGCCCGACAUGGGUGGUUUGGACGUUGCAAGAUACGCUCUUCAUUACACUCCGUCGUUGGAAACUUUAUUGUCCGAUCCGCAAUCUACUCCCAUUUGGAGACAUGGAACGCCGUUUCCGUUGGCAGCCGGAAGCGAAACAUCUUUCACUUUGGAUUUUUCACGGGAGAAAAAUCUUUUGGACAAUCCUUUGUAUUUUGCGCUGUUGGCGUAUAGUUCCCCUCACGAGAGUUCCAUUCCCGGACCUUUGAGUAAUUACGUCAGAGUACUCCUAUCAGCUCCGCCUCCUCCGCCGCCAUCUCCCUUGCCAACGGAUUAUUCCAUUACUCGCUGGCUUCAUAAGGCUCAACAGGAAUCCGAACAGGAAGUCGUACCCAAAGUUGCUCACGCGGAUUUCAGACUCGAAUUGAUAUUGCCCAUCGUUGGUGGAAUAUUAUUUUUGAUUGUUUGCCUGGCCAUUUAUUGUUACUUUUGCAUCGUGAGAAGAAAGCACACGGGCGUCAAUAAAGGUAAGUUUUACUAA